AUGGCCGGAGUCGCAACCUACAACAUUGCUGGCCGGCAAGUCGGCGGCCACUACCUGGCCAUGGCCAUCCUCGGUACCCUUUUCGGCGGCGCCUACUAUUCCGUCUCUGGCCCUAAGAAACCGACCGCCGCCGCGACUCCCCCGAUCAACGCCUCCAGCUCCGACGAGGCUGACUUCAUCAAAAAGUUCAUGGAGGACCAGGAGAAGAAGCACUAA